AGCACUAACUGGCGGCCGUCGAACGGGGGGGACUUGAAUUAUAUUAUGAAUUAAUUAUGAUUCGAAGAGAUGUCAGCGGCUGUCACUUGUCCGAGGUGACAAACAUAAUGCCGACUUGCCAACUUUGAGGAAUAUGUCAAGCAUGUAUUUAAGGUUAUUCGUACGAAGAGCGGUAAAUACGCGAUUGUAUCUCGACAGAGUGGAGGACAGAUGCGAUAUGGAACGAAGCGGCCCGCCAAUACCUGUCGUAUUAUUCGAUAGAUUAGGCUCGUCGACAUCAUGUGGUGUUCAUUCCGGAAAUUGUGCAUACCAGAUAUCGUUGAUAAUUAAGUUUUCCAUGCUCUGUCAUCCGGGGCUACUUAUCAGUUUACGUAAGUUUGUCAUGUCGGCCGUAUCGAAGCCCGAAGUUAUCUUCGUCCUGGGUGGUCCAGGAGCAGGAAAAGGCACCCAGUGUACGAACAUAGUAAACAAAUACGGUUAUGUUCAUCUUUCGGCCGGCGAGCUCCUCCGCGAGGAACAGCUCAAACCAGGAUCUAAAUACGGCGAGUUGAUCCAAGGCCACAUGGUAAAUGGAACGAUAGUACCCGUCCAGAUAACCUGCAGCCUGCUGGCUCAGGCGAUGGAACAAUCAGGCUCAAACCGUUUCCUGAUCGAUGGAUUUCCUCGCAACACCAACAAUCUUGACGGGUGGAACGAGGCCAUGUCCGACAAGGUCAACUUCCUUGGCGUACUGUUCUUCGAUUGUUCGGAGCAGGUUUGCAUCAACCGCUGCUUGUUGAGAGGGGCAUCCGGCAGCGGUCGCAGCGACGACAACGAAGAAACGCUGAAAAAACGGUUUCAGACUUACCAGAACUCAACUAUUCCCAUAAUUAAGCACUACGAAGCCCAAGGACUCGCCUAUAAGAUAGAUGCCAACAAAGCUGCGGAUCAGGUAUUCGAGGAUGUUCAAAAAGUCUUGGCAAGGCUUCAACAUUAACCAGCCGCUAACUGAUAAUCCACAUUGGUGCAAUUUUAAUCAACUAUGAUGAUACACACCUGUGUGCCUGAGUGCAUUUAACUACGCUUGAAUAUUAUGGCUUAGAUUAAUGAAUUUAUCCAAUCAUUGUAUUAUUUAAUAUUAUAUAUAUACACAAAGCUGUGCAGAUCUAGUUAGCAUUCCGCUAUCAAAUCUUGGAGGAUGAACCAUGCUGUAUGACUUAUGAUUUAUGUACAAUGCUAGAAGUAGAAAAAGUUUCAUUAAAUAUAGCAGGAUACUCUUGUUGCGUAAUAACAAUGUUAGUAACUGUCAUUGAUGAUUAUAUAUAGAAUAUGUAAUGCGAUCGUGUAAUCAAUUUCAUUUAGAAUGAAAUGUAAAUGCAACGAACUGCCAGCCUUGCAUUAUAUGCGGUCUGCAGAAAGAAUUUGCCCACUAUUUGUGUUUGAACACAUAAUAUGUACGACUAGUAUUUCACCUGUAAUAAAGCUACUUUAACCGGA